UCCUAUAUAUAUUUAUCUUAGUGUUUGGUUUGGUCUAUCUUAAUUGGUGUCUAUAUUUAUAUUUCUAACAAUAUAAAAAAAAAAAAAAAAUAUGCAUCAAAACAAAAACAGGGUUCUCUAUUGUUUGCUUAUAUUCGUGGUGUUUUGUAACAAGGCAAUGGCAAGCGAGGAUCAGAAAUUUCCACCACAAACUCAGGACAGUCAACCAGGGAAACAAUAUUUGAUGAAUCCACUCCCUAUUUCUGUCAAUCCUCAUUAUAUACCUUCCAAAAAGCUUCAUGGAAAGGUGGCAUUAGUAACAGGAGGUGAUUCAGGGAUAGGAAGAGCAGUUUGUUACUAUUUUGCACUCGAGGGUGCGACCGUGGCAUUCACAUAUGUUAAAGGGCCGGAAGAUAGAGAUGCAUAUGAUGCCUUAACUUUGAUAAGAAAAGCAGCCAACGAAAAUGAUGCAGGUGAUCCCAUUGCCAUUCCGGCUGAGUUUCGCCGAGGUGAAGAGGAAUCCAAGUACGUGGUGGAUCAGGUGGUUAGCCGCUUUGGACGCAUUGACGUCUUAGUUAAUAAUGCAGCAGUGCAAUAUUAUUCAAAGAGCAUCGAAGAAGUAGCAGAAGAGCAGCUAAGAACGAUAUUUGAAAUCAACUUCUUCACCUACUUUUUCCUAGCAAAACAUGCACUAAAGCACAUGAAAGAAGGAAGCAGUAUCAUCAACUCAGCUUCUGCUGUAGCAUACAAGGGUGAACCUACACUUCUUGACUACACUUGCACCAAAGGAGCUAUCGUCACCUUCACUAGAAGCCUUGCCCUCCAACUCAUCGAACGAGGAAUCCGAGUGAACGGGGUAGCACCAGGCCCCAUCUGGACUCCCCUUCAAGUUGCUGCGUAUCCUGUAGAAAGGGUUGUCAUUUUUGGCUCACAAGCCCCGGUGGAUAGAGCAGCACAACCGUUUGAAGUUGCACCAUCCUAUGUCUUUCUUGCUAGUAAUGAAUGUUCAUCCUACUUCACCGGCCAAUUCCUCCACCCUAAUGGUGGAAUGAUUGUAAACACCUAAUCCGACUAUGCUCGUUGAGAAAUAUAAAACACAAGAUAUAUUACGCCUAUGUUUAUGCUUGUUAAUCAUGUAUAGUACCAGCCAUAAGUUACCAAGGCACCAUCUCAGGCUAUAUUAGGCCUCAGCAUUAAAAAGCACACCAACGUAUAUUACUCCUUGUCCAGCAAGCAACAACUUUUCCUUGUAUUUGUAUUCUUCAUGUAUGAUUGGUGUUAAGUCCCAAUGUAUAUGGAGGCCCUAUGCGAUUAAGAAUAAAUUGGGUCCUUUUUCAAUUUAUAGUAUAAAAUAAAUUAAUUAAUUAAA